CAACACACACCCACACCCACAGUACAGCUCACAGUCUCCUGAGCGGUGACUCAGGCCGGCAUGUUGGGUGUUGUUGGAGGUUUCCUGACCUUUUGGUGCGGGCAGAAGAGCGAGGAUGGACAAGGUGAACGGUUGAACAAAGUGAAACACAGAUCCUGAGCAGUCAUGAGUAUCAGACAUGUUACCAGGAGACCAUGUACCUGUGGACAGGACAGAGGAACAGAGCAACCCGACUAAAGGUAGCGUGUCUUUAAAAUCAGCACAGGAAAUCCUUUCAGCAUGUGACCCUGUGAACAGAGGAAAUACCACCCCCAUUGACCUCAUCAGCACCCAGCCUCUGCCGACUGCAGCCCAGCCAGCAGAGGCCUCAGAGGAGGCAGCAGGGUUUAAGAAGAAGCCUCACUGUGACCUCCAGAAGCCCACCUUCCCACAAUGUGGCCUCGCAGUCCCAGACCACAGACUGCCCCCUCUCUCCCCGGGCCUCAGCCGACUGCAGGACUCGAGCAUGUCGGUGCACAGCGACAGCAGCAGGAGGAGCAGGAGGAGCAGGAGGAGCAGGGGCAACGUGGCUGGAUCGCACCGACCUACUGCUACACCUGCUGACUCCUGUUUACAGCUGUUGCUGGCGUGCCUGUCGUGCCAGGGGUCGGUGCUGCUCCUGGGUCUGUUGGAGGCCUGUUCCUCCUGCCUCCACACACUCUGCUCCUCCUGCUGCCACGCCUGCGCGCGCUGCUGUUCGGCCAUCCAGGAGGUGCCCGUGGAGGAGCUCAACUGCAACGCCCACUGCCACUCUGUGCUAUUCGAGUCUUGCUGUGAGCCGACCGAAUGUCUCGAGUUUUGUCUGGAGUGCUGUGACAUCUGUCAUCGCAGCUAGGAGGCAACUGGACCGCCAGGCCUCUGGACUGAAUAUAUGAGACAUGUAAAGAGACUAAACCAGACAUUAAAAGCAAUGUGGGAUUCAUUAGUGCUACAAUGACAUCUCAAUUCUUGUGACUAAACAUGAUCGUAUUGACCUUGUUGUGACCCACAGAUCACUUACCAAAGAGCGAAGGAUUUAGUCCUUCACAUUCUUCUUCAGUAAAAGGCCUUCAUGAGCUAAAGCACUUUCAAAUUAAUAGUUCAAUAUUUUGAGAAAUUCACAUAUUGUUUUUUUCUAUCCAAGAAUUAGAGGUACUUAUGGCUGUCAUUUAAGGAAGGAGCUGGAGCCAGGAGGCGAUUAGCUAAGCUUUGCAUAAAGCCUGGAAGAAAGCCAACUAUCAAUAUCUUUAAUAUCACAAAUUGUGUUUGUCAAGUGUUUUCAGUGGGACUAAAUAUUGCUGUAAAUAUUUGUUGACAAACAUCUGCCCAGCACUGUCUCAUUGCCUGGCAACCUCACCAGGAACUGUGUGGUGUUACUCAAUGUAAAAUAAUAAUUUUUACACAUUUAUACGUGUGAAUGAAUUAAACAUAUGAGAUACAGUGUGUUAACAGCAGUUCUGUCCCAUUCAGAUCAAACAGAGUCAGGGAGCUGCUAUUGUGCAUGUUGGCUCUGAAAGGUUUUGCUACACUAAAUGGAACAGAACCUUAAUUAGUAUAAUUGGUACACACACCUGUUUGCCCAACUAUUUCAUGUCAAAAUGGCUGCUGUGAAAACGGUCUGGUAGAGAGCUUUAGAGGUGCUGGUAGGCAAAUGUUUGAACUUUGAACAAAGUCAGACUAGCAAUUUUCCCACACUUUCAGCCUUUAUGCUAAGCUAAGCUAAUUGCUUCCCAGACCCAUACUCAAAGGAAUAGUUUGAUAUUUUGGAAAAAACACUUUUUUGCUUUUUUGAGUUUUGAUGAGAUGGUCGAUGCGCUCUCAUAUUCUUGCAUAUAUUUGCCGGUGGGAAGACAUAACCUCAUAUUAAGAAUAGCUAAACCCCCACAAAGGAAAACAGCUGCUAGCUUGAUUACAUUCGUACCGUUAGGGACCUUGGGAAGGUUAGGCUAACUUGCUAUUUUCAGCGUGUAGGUUGCUAGCUCGAAGGUAGAUGUUUCACGUAGCGAAGGAGAAUUUGAAAUUGGUUACACGCAGAUAAUGGAAAGGGGGGAGAACACUGCGUGAAAUACACGGCAAACAACUAGUCAGACUACCACUGUCAUUAGUUACAGCUCUACAGCCAAGAGACAAUUAGCUUCCCUUAGCUUAGGCUGAAAAACAACGACGCUGGCUCGGUCCAAAAGUAGUUCAUGCUAGCUCACUGCCUCUUGGCUCCAGCUACCUUCUUAACGCACAGAUACGAGACUUGUGUCAAAACUCUUAUCUAACUCUGCAAGAAAGGAAAUUUUAGUUUUUAGUUUUAUUCCCCAGAAAUGUCAUACUGUUCCUAUUCUGUGCACAGGAAGGAACAGAUGCAUUAUUUAUCUCCUGGUUGAUUUUUGGGAAAAUAGAUUCAAGGACCUUUUGAAAUAUUAAAAGAAAUUUGUCAAGGUCAUUUGUUCUGCUUGUUAAAUUUCUGUGGAUAUCCAAGGUGAAUAAAAUUGAAGCCAUUGUGGGACUUA